UGUCUUGAUGCGGCUUGGUGUUAUCAUUUCUGUCAAAGUCUCUAGAAUUUGGGCUUAUCUAAGUGUACGAAAUGCGUCGAAGUGUGAUUUUAUUUAUAGGAUUUGAUUUCCCGUGUUACUAUUGCCAAAUAAUUUGACGCAAAGUGAUUUUGAACACUUUAUAAAUUACUCAGCCUACAUUUGUAUGAUGACUUUUUACAUGUGUAUCUUUUACUGUGAACUUUAAAGUACUUUGGAGUACUUUUUUUUACUCUCUUUAUAAAUUAUUAGCAAUCCUUUGUAUUUAUUUACAAUAAAAGUAAUUAGCUGUCACAAGGACAAUGACUCUUGGCAUAAACGAUAGUCCAAAAAAUACGGGGACACUUCCCAAAAGUAAUCGCAGAAAUGAUCGGAAUCGAGAAAUAAUCAAUUCUACUCCACCAUCUGUGCGUUGUGCUUAUCAUAGUCGAGCACAACACUCCAAUAAUUUGUUGGAUUUGCAACCAGUCAAUGACCGGGAAAGUGUGAGAACUACUAAAAAUAGCAACGCUAGAUCUACGUCUUCAACUACUUCUUUAUCCUACCAGGAUUUUGCUGAUUUAUUUUCUUUUAGUGGAAAUCGGCAAUUUAAUUAUACUGGAGACGAUUGUACUCAGUGGCAAGAAAUGGCUCAAUCAAUCGAUUCACGUGCUCAAUCACCCCCUCAUGUCCAAGAAGCGAAGCCUACGAAUGUCGAUAAGAUGCCGGACAGACAUCAAGUAGAGACUCGUUUAAACCAAAUUCGCGAUUACAUCAGAGUGACCUCAACGAUGAUGGAAUCUCUGAGUCAAUCUUCGGAUCCACGAGCUCGAACGCAACACGAUAAAUUGGCUAAAAUGGUGGAAGAUCUUUGUGAUAGUGAAGCAAAGCUCACAAAGCUUUUGGAGAAUUAUCGGGGCCCUGUAGAUGAGAAUGGUGACGGUGCUGAGAGUGAGGAAUCAUUAGAAUCGCAAUUGCGGAAGAAGGUAGAAGAGUCACAGAGAAAAUUGGCUCAGUUGCAAGAACAUCAAGCAAAUCUCGUGGGAAUGCAAAUGCGAGUAAGAGAACGUUUGAAUGAGGCAAAAAAAACUCAACGAGCACUUUUACAACAAGAAAAUCACGCACGAGAAUUGUCAGCUAAUUUGGCUACUUGUGAUAAUGCAAAUAUCAUUCAACGUCAAAUGGAAAAUGAAACUGCAACUUUGGAAUCAGAAACUGCUGCUUUGCGGAGCAAAUUAGCAGCACUUCAGAGUAAAAAACAGCAGAUGGAUACGCUUGUUGCUGAAUUACAAGCAGCAGAAAUGUCUGAUAGAGCUAGCUGUAGCUCUAGUAGUUCACGUAAUGCAGAAAGAGAUAAAGCUGCUGAAUUAGAAUCGCUCAAACUACAAUUGGCGCACUUAAAGAAUCUUAUGGGAGAAGCUACAAGAGAUACUCUCAAUUCAUCAGAACCUGAUGUUGAAUCAAAUUCAAAUGCAGGCUGUUGUGAGAAUGGUGAUGCUGCUGAGGAUGAAAUUGGUGCUGCACCAUCAUCAGUACACUCAUUAGAUCGAAAUAGUGAUGUUGAUGAUAUUUACGCUAAAUUUAAUAACUCAAAAGAACGUUUAACAGUUGAGCACAUCCAGGCUUUUACUCGUAAAAUGAAAGAACAGCAAGUUAUCUUGCAAUCAGCACGUGCUGAAAUUCAACGUUUAAAAAAUCCAACUCCAUCUACAUCAGCUGCUCCAUCGCUUCUCUUGCAAGGAUCAACUCCUCCUUCUUCGACAGUAGGAAUUUCCAAUGCAGAGAAAAAGAACAGCAACACCAAUCAAAGUAAUAAUAAUAAUACCAACAAUAAUAAUAAUAACAACAAUAACAACAAUAUUAAUCAUCAUAAUAAUACACAUAACAAUGCAAAUGGAGACAUUGCACAAAACAAAAAAAGACAAUUAGAAGAAUUGGUACGAAAGGACCAACCUCAUUCUUCGAGUAUUAACCGAGAUUGUGGAACUGAUUGGAGUAGUAGACGAGGCUCUAGUUCACAUUAUAGUCACAGCAGUACUCCUGCUAAUGUUUGGCCUGUUCCUAAUGCUAUGAAUGUGAGUGAGUCAAAUGAUCAAAGUGUUGAUGGAAUAUCUGCCCCUGACAAUUUACUGGACAUUGGACUUCAGGUACCAGCUGUUGACAGUGGAUUUGGCAACAACUGGUGGAAUGUUCCAGCUCCUCCGAUUACUCAACCACAUCAGCCUGGCAUGACUGGUUCUUUGGAAUAUUAUCGUCAGUUAUUGAUGAGUUCGCAAGCUCAACAACUUCAAAUGAUGAGCACUACAAUGCAGCAAUGCUGCCAGCUUUUAUGGGCACAGCAACGAGAACUUCAAUCAAUGAGGACAGCAAUAACUCAACUGCAACAACACUUUCAAUUGACCCAAAAUCAACCACGAGUUACUGAAAAUGAAAACCGUGAGAAUUAUUCCAAUUUAAGUCGAUCAACUCAUCAUUUAGGUAAUACCUUGGAGACUGCUCUACCUCCAAGUUCAUCUUUACCGAAUCUAGUCUCUCUUCCAACACCAUCUCCAGCACCAUCACAUACUCCGAUAGUUGCUUCAAGCACUUCUGAUCACCAUCACAAUCAACAACAACUUAAUAAUCAAGUGCCACCAGGAAAUCGUGCUAACAACUAUUGGGAUAAUUUUCGAAGUUAUUCCAGGCAAAAUCUUUUGUCAGGAAAUUCCAAAACAAUAACAGACUCUUUACCUGGUCCAUCCAGUAAUUCAAGUUUAUCAACUAACACUGCAGGAGCCAGUGCACAUACAACACUUGUUUGGGAUAAAAAAAAUCGAGAUCAUGGAGUCGAUAAUUUAUCUCUACCAUCUUUGACAAGUUCAGAUGCACAGUAUUCUCUUAAUCUCCAACUCCAGUCAAAUCUACAGACCCAUGAACGAGAAAGUUCUACAGCCAGAAGUAAUAUAUCUUUUAAUGAAGCAACACAGUCUCAACAGCUAGAUAAUUUUUGGGAAGAAGCGCAUUCAUCUUUUAGAUUGGUACCAGAUAGUAAUGAUGACAUUUAUUCUCUUCAUCUCAGUGGUGAAAUGAGAGAAAUCCUGCUAUCCUUAGUUACUGCAAAUAGAAAAAGGUCAGAUUACCUCAUAACAAUCCUACGAGAAAUAAAGGCUAUUAGUGAAGACCACAGACUUCGACCAAGACUUUUACGAUCAUUAAGAGCACUUCAAGAUACCCAAUCACCAAAUAUUCCAUUGAAUGAAACAACUGAUCAAACUGCUAGUGAGAGUUGCCAAUCUAGUGAUGAAGAUUCAGAUAUAGGUGCUCAAGCGAGACCACUUUUGAACACCAGUUCAGAUCAUCAAUCUUUAGUAAAUGAGUAUUUAAUGGCACCAAUCCAUUCUUCUGAACGACCAUUACCCCAGAAUAUACCAGCUUUAUUGGUCGAUCACAUUGAAUUUGAUGCACCACAAUUGGAUAUUCAUCCAAUAUCUUCUAUCUCUUCGAUAUCUUCAGCAUCAAUUCUAACACCAGGGUACAAUGAGGAUUUAGCAGAAGCUGAUCAAUCACGCCCAGAAGCAUCGAACAAUCAACAGAAUUCAUUAGACAACAGCAGUGAUGAACUUGGAGAUAGUGUGGAUUUACAUUUUCCAGUAAAUCAAGAUGUCGCAGCUCUUGAAGCAGAUCGAGAAAUUUUAGACAGUGAGAAUGGUAAUGAUGCUGUUGCAACUGAUAAUUCAAUACUCGAACGAAAUUCUGCAAUACUUUUUCAUCGUUAAAAUUAAUGACUAUUUGUCAUAAAAUUUUUAUAUAUUUCACAGCUUUUUUAUAAAAGUAAUUAAAUUAUUUCGUUUUUUUUUUCUAUUAAUUAAACAAAGCUAUACAGUAUCUUAAAAAUGUUUACUUUUUAUAGAGCAGUUGAUAAAAGAAAUUUAUGAAUCUUUUUCAUGUAAUUGUAUUAAUAGUAAUUCAUACUAU